AUGCGACUCGGUCUGGAGUCCCUGUCGCCAUUGCAUACAUCUACGAUUCAUCGCUCACCUUCUUCCUCUUCUUCUUCAUCUACUCAUAGUCUUAUUGCUGUCAACGACGACUCUGCAGACGACACUGAGCCCCAAUUUCCUCGUGUUCAAGAACCUUCCGCACUCUUCUAUCGACCAUCACUCUUGGAUCUUUAUUUUACUAAUAGUACCAAUGAGAUCGGUAAUACCGGUAAUACCGGUAAAACCCAACAUCAACAAGAUCAGCAGACCAGCGACAAUAAGAGCAGUGACAUUCUCGAGCUCAAACCAUUCGGGCAUCAGCUGAAUUUCUUCUUUAAUAUGAAAAAUCAAUCCAGAAAACGAGACAAUUCGAGGCUCAGAAGCUUCAAUUGUCGUAGCCGUGUCAGUUCUUCUUCCAACGAUGAGCUCAUGGGUAUAAUCUCUGCUGCUCGUACAAGCAUUUGCGGCAAGACUUUUGACCGUGGUGAGCUGGAAUUUGGACAAGAUCGAGUCCAUAUAACGAUCUGGAAGGACUACAAACCGCAAUGGCAAGGAGAAGUCAAGUACACGCACAUUGUGCGGUUCUGUUUCUCACGAGCUGAUCGUCCGCCAUAUAUCCUGUUACUACAACUGGACAAUGCAAAAAGCAGAUCGGACUUUGCUGCUUUUUACGACCCGAUCUUUGCAAAAGUUUGUGAAGAACAUGACACUAAAGAUCAAGCAAUAUUGAAGCUCUAUGGCAUCGUGUUUUAUUUCGAUGAAGCAAUGGAUUUCAUGCGCUGCCAGAGUAUGGUUGGUAAUAACCCGAGGCUAGCGGCCUUUUUCAGGGAAACAUUGUCAGAGAGUGAGGCACGACAGUAUAGAAGCCUGGACGCACUGAGAGCGCCGCGGUACCUACUGCGGCGCGGGAUGAAAGACAGCUUGUGUUGUGAUACACGAAGUCAUAACUUUGAGGAAAUGAUGGGGAACGGUGCUAGACAGGAACUUGGUGCUGUGAGUAGCAGUGUGACUUCCUUCUUUCGACCUAUAGCGCGGACUUCUGUUUUGGAGAAGGAUGAGAACCCAUCUGUUGUUCAAGACCAUGACAAUUUCGUAAAAGGUCGGACGCUGAAUUUGUUAACUAAAGUAUCACAUCCUGACUUCGAGGAGGAAAAAUUGCCGAUAUCGAUUGUCAACGUUGGUACUGGAAAACAAGAGUGUAGGACAGGUGCUGAAGGCGGUGAAACUAUGGUCAUAACUCGCACACCACGUGAGCAAUUUGGGACUCAAAGCGCAAUUGAUGCUUUAACAUCUUCAUUAAUACAGCAAAGCGAGAUGCAGAGCGAAAAUAUGAAAAGAAAGGAAAGAGCAGCGUCUAGUUGGCGAGAAGAUGAAAGGGUAAAGCGGAGGAGAAUUGAAAGUCGCCGCAACGAAAAAUUACUUGAGUAUCCUUAUGAUGGAUCGGACAAGUUGGGAAGGAUAUCGGUGACGCUCGGUGAUGUUGAUCGCCUCGUCCCCGGAGAGUUCCUGAAUGAUAAUAUCAUCGAUUUCUAUCUCAGAUUUCUCUGGCGGCAUUUGGAUUCGUCACAGCAGCAGAAAAUGUACUUUUUUACCGCACAUUUCUUCUCCCAGUUAAACGGCACCAACGGUGCUCAUGAAUUAUCAACCACUGACCCCGAUGAACGCUUUACUCGAGUGGCUCGCUGGACGCACAAGGAGACGAACCUCUUUGAAAAGCGCUUUUUAUUUAUUCCUAUAAACGACAGUUUCCAUUGGAGCCUUGCCGUGUUUUGUAAUCCAGGCUCAGCCAUUAUUAGAAAACACCGAAAGGUAAGGCGCCGUCGCGUGAUCACGGACGACUGCCGUUUCGACCCGAGAAAGUUAGUGGAUUUGGUGAGUGGCAACGGUGGCAGUAUUAUAGGUGAUGGAAGUUCAGUAGCUCAGGUUUCAGAUGGUAGCCUUAUUGACGAAGAGAUCGAAGAAGAGGAGGUAAAGUCGUCUCAAGAAAAACGGCUGGCAAACCCUCCUUGCCUCUUGUUUCUGGACUCGCUUCGGUGUCACCGUAAAAAAAAGUUUACGAAAAUGUUGCGCAACUAUUUGGAAUGUGAAUAUAAAGCACGUUUCGCUUCCAGUUCUGCUAGCAACGUUUCGGAACCGAAGACUGUAAAUGAUGGAAUGGAUGAGCAGGAGACUGUCGUAACGGCUUUUGAUUUGGAUAGCAUCGGUCUCCUCGAACCCAAUAUCCCUUUGCAAAGCAAUAAUUCGGACUGUGGAGUGUUCCUUCUCAUGUACGCUGUAUCGAUUGUGCGUCGAUUCCCGUCUGGUGUGACUCGUGAAGACCUCGAAAGUAAUCUGACAUCGACACUAACACCGAAUAUGUUCUGUGAUGAACACGUGUUGGAGUUUCGUGAGUAUCUACAGCAACUUUUGUUUUGCCUGCAGUUUUUAGAAAGGCAUGGGCUACCCGAGCAAAACGUAAGGGAGGAGGGACUCGAGUACUUUGCUAUUGACAAGUGA